AUGCAACUAAAAUUAUUAAAAUUUCGAUUAAAAUCAUUAAAUUUUCGAUUAAAAUCAUUAAAAUUUCCAUUAAAAUCAUUAAAAUCACCAUUAAAAAAUGUAGAAUCUAUUUCGGAGGAAAAAAGGUUUAAACAUCAACUUAAAAAGGAACAUAUUUUAUAUGAUUAUAAUUCCUUUCAAAAUAUUGAAUUAAUUGAUGGUGGAGCAUUUGGAACAAUUUAUCGUGCAUCUUCGAAGCAUCAUCAAGGACUUGUGGCAUUAAAAUCCAUUAAUAUUGACCAAAAAUAUACUUUUGAACAACUUCUUAACGAGGCAAAACAACAUUGUAAAGUGGAACAUCACAGUAAUAUAUUAGGAUUUUAUGGCAUAACAAAAGAAA